AUGACACAAAUUGAAGAAAGAGAACUCUUCGGCGGCGCUAUUGCCGGCGCUGUACCACAGGGCUGGAUCGAUGGGAGCACAAUCCGCGAAGUCCCUGACCACCAGGAAAUGUUCCUCUCGCCCACGACACUCUCAAACCUCAUUUUUGAGAUCAACGAAUACGUCCCACGAUCAUCAGACGGAGGUCUGAAUGGCGUGGCUUCGGGUCUAGAUGUUGAACUUCCGACUGCUAUUAACAUCGGCGCUGAUUCUGAGGAUGUUGCGGCGGCCAUGUAUCACAUCCUCGACAUCUGCGAUGAUGAUGAUGCCAUGGACGUCAUUCGGGAGCCGCGACGAGUUCCUCUGAAAAGAUUAACUGCAUCUUCGCCUUUGGGCAGCAAGGCCUCUGCGUACGCAGGACUAGUCAAGUUCACUACUCCCCGCAAACAGAGGCGAGAAGCAGCAGGCACGCAGCGAGUCGCUGCAACUACGGAACAGAAUGCGGCGAGUGGAAGUACACCGCCACCCCCCGACAGAUCAACGAACAACUGUCAUUUUUUGUUGGUGAGACUACCAGACCAAAAGACGGAUCUGUUGGUUUUUGUGAAUGUGCCGCAGGAUGAAUUUCUGGCCCGCGGGGAUACGGGAUUAUUGGCGAAGGAGGAGGAGUUGGCUGAUGAGAUUAUUGGAAAGUUUGCGGAGGUGAUUGAUGUCAAAGAUUGGGGGUUAUUUGGGUCUGAUUGA